CAAUAUUAUUUCUCUAAAGUAACACCACUUGUGUUGAGUGAUAAUAAAUUCCUCACGUAUGUUUGAAUUACAUGUGCCAUUCAACUAACCCUUGACUAUUCUCUUCAUCAAUUAUUCUCUAUAUAAUAACCAUUUUUUCUCCAUUGUUUUCUUAUAACAUUUGUGUUCCCUUCCAUCCUUCUAUUAUAGACUUCAAAAAGUUCUAUAUAGGUAGCUAACACCUUAAAGCAUAACAUACAACAACCACUUUCUCUUCUCUUUUUCACCAAACACUAAAAGUUGUAGUUUGUGUUUAGUAGAACAUCAUCAUGCAUAUAGAAGCUCCAGAAAAUUAUGUAGCAGAAGACAAAAACUUCGACGAUGAUGGACGAACCAAGAGAACUGGGACAUGGUUGACUGCAAGUGCACAUAUAAUAACAGCUGUGAUUGGUUCUGGAGUUCUAUCACUUGCAUGGGCAAUAGCACAGAUGGGUUGGGUGGCUGGUCCUGCAGUUCUCUUUGCUUUUUCUUUCAUUACAUAUUUCACUUCAACUCUUCUCGCUGAUUGUUACCGUUCACCUGAUCCUGUUCAUGGCAAGAGGAACUACACUUAUUCUCAAGUUGUCCGAGCUAACUUAGGAGGCAUGAAAUAUAAGCUGUGUGGAUUGGCUCAGUAUAUAAACCUUAUAGGUGUGACAAUUGGCUACACGAUAACUGCGUCAAUUAGUAUGGUGGCUGUGAAAAGAUCAAACUGUUUUCACAAGCAUGGACAUCAAGACAAGUGUCAUGUAUCAAAUAACUCUUUCAUGAUAAUAUUUGCCUGCAUCCAAAUUGUUCUAUGCCAGAUACCCAAUUUCCAUGAGCUCUCUUGGCUCUCGAUUGUUGCAGCUGUUAUGUCUUUUGCUUAUUCUUCCAUUGGCCUUGGCCUUUCCAUAGCCAAAGUUGCAGGUGGGGGACAUGUGAGGACAACCUUAACUGGGGUGGAAAUUGGGGUAGAUGUUACUGCAACAGAAAAGGUUUGGAGGAUGUUCCAAGCUAUUGGGGACAUUGCCUUUGCUUAUGCUUUUUCUAAUGUGCUAAUUGAAAUCCAGGAUACCUUAAAAUCAAGUCCUCCAGAAAACAGAGUGAUGAAGAGAGCAAGUUUAAUUGGAAUUUUGACAACAACAUUAUUCUAUGUCCUCUGCGGAACCUUAGGUUAUGCCGCAUUUGGAAAUGCUGCACCGGGAAAUUUCCUCACAGGUUUUGGCUUCUACGAGCCCUUCUGGCUAAUAGACAUUGCCAAUGUUUGCAUAGCAAUUCACUUAAUUGGAGCAUACCAAGUCUUUGUCCAACCCAUAUUCGGGUUUGUCGAGGGCCAAAGCAAAGAUAAAUGGCCAGAAAGCAAAUUUGUGAAUGGAGAACAUGCCAUGAACAUUCCAUUCUAUGGAAGCUUCAAUGUGAAUUUCUUCAGAGUAUUAUGGAGGACUGCAUAUGUGAUUAUCACCGCAAUCGUAGCAAUGUUAUUUCCAUUCUUCAAUGAUUUCUUGGGACUAAUUGGUUCACUAUCCUUUUAUCCAUUAACUGUUUACUUCCCAAUAGAAAUGUACAUCAAGAAAACCAAGAUGCAAAGGUUUUCAUUCACAUGGACUUGGCUCAAGAUAUUGAGUUGGGCUUGUUUGAUCAUUUCUAUUAUCUCAGCCGCUGGAUCCAUUCAAGGACUUGCUCAAUCUCUCAAGACAUAUAAACCUUUCAGAGGAGAACAAUGAUAGGUUUUUAGUUUCUAAUUUAAUGGUGUUUUUUCUUUGUCAAUGUUUUUUCUUGUCUUGAAUAAGUUACUAAAAGUCUAAUCCAAUGAUAUUGUACUAGUAUGAAGUGUUUAUUGAUAGUGAACAAAUGCAACACACAGAAAGAGUACAAUGCAAGUCUAGUGAAUAAUAGUCUCAAAGAUGGUUGUAAAUUGAGUUAUAUAAAUUAAGUUAUGUGCACAAUUGGAAAUGCAAAACAACUUGUUAUUUAACCAAA